AUGACUUCCAAGUUAAUCGCUGUUCUUGGUGCCACCGGAAACCAAGGAGGUUCCGUCGCCGACGUCUUUUUGAAAAGUCCCGGAUGGAAUGUUCGAGCUAUCACACGCAAUCCCCUAAGCGACAAAGCUUAUGCUUUAUCAGUAAAAGGUGCUCAGGUUGUUCAAGCUAACCUGGAUUCCCUAGAGUCACUCGAGAAGGCCUUUCAGGGGGCUCACGUGAUCUUUGCCGUCAGUGACUUCUGGGGCCUUUACGGUGACCCAGCAAACAAGGACAAGCCCAAUCCUGGACAGCCGUUGAAUGUUUGGGCUGCUGAGCAUGAAACUCAGCAGCUCCGCAACGUUGUGGAUGCUGCGGCGAAUGUUUCCACUCUCGACCGAUUUAUCAUCUCGUCGCUCUCUAAUGCAACUAAGUGGUCUAAGGGGAAGUAUACUCAUGUAUACCACUUCGACUCUAAAGCCGCUGCGACGGAGUAUGCAAAGAAUACCUAUUCCGAUUUGUGGAAGAAGACGAGUGUCUUUCAAGCUGGUUUCUUCCUUACUAACUUUCUUGGGGAUCCAAUCAUGACGCCUAAGAAGACGACGGAUAAUACGAUUCGAUUCAUGACUCUCAUCGACGGUGAUUUGAAGCUGCCUAUCAUAGCUCCCGACGAAGAUUCGGGGCCAUUAGUCAAAGCUCUUGUAGAAGAUGAGCCGGGCAAGAACUUAAUAGGAUAUCGAACAUGGGCCACUAUGAAAGAGCUUGCGCAAGCACUCUCUAAAGUCACGGGGCUCAAAGCAGAGGUUGUCACGCUGCCCAAGAGCGAACCACCUGUUGGAGUGCCGCCAGAGCUGGCCCAGGAGCUGUCUGACAACUUUCUCUACUGGAAUGAGUUUGGCUUUGAGGGCAGAGAUGAUCCCACAAUUGUUCACCCAACAGCUCUUGCCUCACCCCCGAGCCUCGAAAGCAUUGAGGCCUACUUACGCAAGCAGGAUUGGUCGAAGAUCUUGCAUUGA